GGCUGGAAAAUAUCCUUUGGUAGAAGAAGCACUUGCACUUUGGAUAUCAAGAGCAAAUACUGCGUUGCAAACAAUUACGGAUGCAAUAGUUAAAUGUAAAGCAACACAACUCACGGAAGGGCUUGAAGUGACAGGUUUUAAUGCAUCUGAUGGGUGGCUUUCAAAUUUCAAAAAAAGGCACCAUAUAAAGGAAUACAAACAUUUAGGUGAAGCUGCAAGUGCACCUCUCGAGAAUCUUCCCAGAUUUUGCAGUGAGUUGCAAAAACUAAUCAAAAAAUACAAGCCUGAGGAUGUUUAUAAUGCUGAUGAAACUGCAUUAUACUGGCGUAUGGAAUCUGAUAAAAUGUUAGCUGAUGGCCCAGUUGCAGGAAAAAAAAAGCCAAAGACCAUAUUACUGUUUAUACAUAAAUUUAAAACUCCUCGAGCUCUCAAAAAUAUUGAUAAAUCCACCUUACCCGUGUAUUAUUACUGGAAUAGAACAAUUCAUAACUGUUGGAGAAAGACUGGCAUUUUGCCAGAGAGUUUUCUUAGUGAAUUAUUUCCACAUGAAGAACCAGACCAAGCCAAUGAACCUGACCAAUCUAAUAAACCUGACAUUAUUGAUGAGAUUUAG